AUGAACAUAUAUCCCAAAGCUAUCGUUAUCGUCAUUUUUUUAUUCCUCCAGGCCUACACGCUAGUCAAUGCAAGCAAUGUUAGCUACGGGGUUGCUCUGCAUAAUACGAUUUUUAUCGAAUCCAGCCACAUUGUGGCUAGCGAAAACAAUUCAAAUGUUCCAAAUCAAUGGAAAAUGAAUGAUACAGUCUUGAUUAGGCCGCAUGAAGCUGGGCAUUUCGAAGAUGUCACAAUCACAAAAGAGUUGUACGAACGUCUUGUUUAUUUUAGCAAGAUGUGCGCUUUGACUUAUUGCAUAACAUCCAAUGAGCUAAAUACAGGUCUAUCUUUUAAAGGUGGAGGCUGUCCAUCCAAGCUAGAGUUUUGCUCCAACAAAGACCAUAAUCCGACUCUCGAGCGGACAAUAGUGGAGCUUGUCAUAUUGGCUGAGAGUGGAGAACUUGGUACGGGGUACCUAGCAGUUGACCAUGAAAAGAGAGUUGUGGUGUUAUCAUUUAGAGGAUCAACAACAAAUCAAGACUGGCUCAGUGAUUUCGCUGUAUACCCUGUGCCUUAUAUGCCAUGCUCUAAAGACUUUUACGACGAGUGGAUUGAAAGUGGAAGAAUACGAGAAUGUGAGGGGUGCUUCGUGCACCGAGGCUUCAAUGUGUUUUUAAACACCCUGAGUUCGCAAUUCUUUGAUCGGAUAGAAGGGAUUUUCAAAGCUUUCCCCCACUACAGCCUUGUGGUGACAGGGCAUUCCUUGGGUGCUGCUGUGGCUAGUCUCGCUGGUAUUGAACUGAAACUGAGAGGCUACGAACCUCUCCUACUGACUUAUGCGUCACCAAAUAUUUUCAAUGGAGCGCUCAGGGCAUGGGUCGAUGACCUUUUUGAAACCAAACGCAUACAUGACUUAUCUGUGGAAGAAGGUGAGGUGAUGUUCCAGAAGGGGUAUUUCAGAGUUGUGCACGAUCAAGACUACAUAACAAUGGUGCCUCCAUUCUAUGAACCGGCUGGACUAGAGAUUUUCAUCAACAAUCCCUGCCUUCCGCACAAACACGAAGACUUGGAGUACCGUGGCCCUUCCCUGGAUCUUACUUCCCUACAGAUAGCCGGGGAAAACUCUGCUGUCAGUCAGGGUCGCGGUCAAGGUCACUGGUAUCUUGGCCCUUUAGAAAGGCUGCUUCACAUGUAUGAGCAUCGGUCUUAUUUUAUAUUGAUAAAUACCUGUGAAGGGUUUUAG